GGCCGCGGGGUUGGGGCGCUGCUGAGAAGCGUUAGGCCGGGGCGCGGGGCGGCGGCUCCGCUCACACUCAUGAGGAGCAGGAAGCUCACAGGUGGAGUGCGAUCUUCUGCGCGCCUGAGAGCCCGAAAUUGCUCUGCAGCCAGCUUGGCCACUGCCCAGGACACCACUAGUUCCACAUCUGCCAAGACAUGUCUGAUCUCCUCAUCACACAAGGCCCCAGACAGACGAACUUGCAAGAAGUUCAAGUGUGACAAAGGUCACCUUGUGAAGGCAGAGUUGCGGAAACUAGCCCCUAAAAAUGAUGGUGCUUUGCCCAAAGGGGCACCUGAGGCCCCUUGUGAAAAUGAGUUUACAGAAGGUGACGUAUUGCUCCCGGGCAGCAAGACUGGUGUCCCUACCCAACAGGAGACUGCAGCUCUUUCCCACAGCCACAGCCACAGCCACGUUGUGAGUGAUGCUCGCUCAGCAAAGACUGAAGACGGCCCAUCUGUGCCGGAGCCCAGCCCCAGUGCCAGUGCAGAGGCAGAGGAGUCCAAUGGUAGUUCUGCUGGGCAGGCCGGGUUGGUGCCCGAAGCAGAGGAAUCGCGGGCACCGCUGCUUCAGAUGGACAACAGCAUCUUUCUUGAUGACGACAGCAAUCAACCCAUGCCAGUGAGCCGAUUCUUCGGAAACGUUGAGCUCAUGCAGGACCUGCCACCAGCCUCUUCAUCUUGUCCUUCAAUGAGCAGACGAGAAUUCAGAAAAAUGCAUUUCAGAGCCAAAGAUGAUGAGGACGACGAUGAUGCAGAAAUGUAGAACUCCUCUGCUUAUUUAGUACAGUUAACAAUUUGACGGUUUAGCAGUUUAUAUAAAAAACUUAUCUGCAGGAGAAUGUGUUCUUAAUCGAACUUCAAAACUAACCCAUAAAGUCAACAGCACAACCCACCAGGCAACUGUGGAAGGCUUCCUCAUGUGCUUGUGAGCUGCUGCUGUGCCUGCACUGAUACCUUUUCUGACAUUCAUGCAUAGGUGAUGCUGGUGGGGUCAGCAAGGGGCUGGACAGUCUGUGAGAACAGUCUCUGCAGGGAAAGCUUUUCAUUUAAGCCCAUUAGCUUGACAGUAUGCAAGUUUAUUUUCCAUUAUCAAAGUCUGAUCAUUCUUAAGAUUAACUCAAAGCCAGUUCUGAAAGGACUCUCCUCUACUUCUGAAUGUGAAGUUAACAUUUACCUUGAAAUGUUUGCAAAAUAUAUAUAUAGGAAGGAAAUAAAAUAAUAUUUUGAAAAAUUUUUAAAGAUAUCUUACAUUCCUCAAACUCAAUUCUUUUCCGAAAUGUUUGAGAGCCAAGGGAGGAAAUGAAUCCCAUACUAGGCUGGGACCACCUUUUUGGGCCCAUUAACCAGCAGGAGAGGUGAGGCCCUUGGGAGAGGCUCUGACCAGGUGAUGUGGCCCUUCCCUUCUCUAGUGUGGUGGAGGAUAGCUGUCCACCUGCAGGUGUUCACAGGCUGCCCCACGCAGGCCCCCACCUUGCAUUAGACACUCCUUACAUUGAAGAGGCCUUGUGACAUGUUCUCAACAGGGAGGGGACAGUGGAGAGCAGCCACACUGGAGGGAGGGGUUGGCUUUUCUCCAGGCCUCUUACUGCCACCAGCUAGCUGUGUGCAGAGGCCCAGCAGAGCAAUCACGAAGAGGGAGCCUGGAUCUCCAAGUGGGUGAGUGAGCACCAAAAAGGAAAGCGGUCUGGCUGCCUGCGAGGGAGUCUUUGAGUGUUCUGUGGUGGCACCUCUCAGCUGUCCUGGGAGGUACAGGAAGUGGUUCACAUCUAGAUAUACCAGGAGCAGGAUGCAGAGGUGCCCUGUAAGAAGGUUUCCAGCUCUUACUGUUGAAAGCCUGCCCCCCCACAGAUAACUUCCCUGCAGUCAUCCUCUGUUCCCGCUGUGAUCAUCUUCCCAUU